UCUCUCUCUCUCUCUCUACAUUCUCUCCCUCCUCUCUCUCUCUCUCUCUCUCUCCCCCUCCCCUCACCAUGCUCCUCAUCGCUUACCUCUCCUUCCUACUCCUGCUCACCCUGUGCCUGGGCUUUGAGUUCUCUGCCUGCCGCACUGGACCGGGACCGGGACCAGAGGCGGGCUCAGCGCCGGCGACGAACCCAGCAUUCCGACACUUCCAGCUCCGUUUCUACCGGGUCUAUUUCCUGGCGCUGUGGUCUGACUGGCUGCAGGCCCCCUACCUGUACAAGCUGUAUCAACACUACGGCUUCCUGGAGUCUCAGAUCGCGGUUCUGUACGUGUGCGGGCUGGCCUCGGGGGUGCUGUGUGGGCUGGUCGCGGGCUGGCUGGGGGGGAGGCUGGGGGGCCCGCGCCGAGCCUGCCUGCUCUUCUGCGCCUGCUACUCUGCCUGCUGCCUCACCAAGCUGUCCCGGGACUAUUUCACUCUCCUGCUCGGCCGAGCCCUCGGGGGGCUGUCCACCUCCCUGCUGGCCCCCUCCUUCGAGGGCUGGUACCAGGGGCAGCACCUGGAGCGCCACGACUUCCCCCGGGAGUGGAUCCCGGGCACCUUCCGCCAGGCCGCCACGUGGAAUCACGGCUUGGCGGUGGCGGCCGGCUUCGCGGCCACGGUGCUGGCGGAGUGGCUGGGGCUGGGGCCCGUGGCUCCCUUCCUGGCAGCCGUGCCGUGCCUACUGCUCUGCGGGGCUCUGGUGAUCCACACCUGGGAGGAGAGCCCCGAGCAGAACGGGAACCAGAACCUCAACAGAACCCUGCUCUCCCGGAGCUGCACGGACGGGCUGAGCUGCCUGCUGUCAGACCGCCGGGUCCUGCUCUUGGGCUCGGUCGAGGCCCUCUUCGAGAGCGUGGUCUACAUCUUCGUGUUCCUCUGGACCCCGGUGCUGGACCCUCACGGGGCCCCCCUCGGCAUCAUCUUCUCCUGCCUCAUGGCCUCCAGCAUGCUGGGGGGGUCCCUGUACCGGGCAGCCUCUACCCGAGUGCAGCCCCUCCCCCUGCUCUCCCUGGCCGUGCUCCUGGCUUUCCUCUCCCUCUCCCUGCUCUGCUUCUCCACCCUCCCGGGGCGGGAGAGCCCCUCCCAGUCCUUCCUGGCCUUCCUGCUCUUCGAGGGAGCCUGCGGCCUCUACUUCCCCGCCAUGGGGUUCCUGAGGGGCAGGGUGAUCCCGGAGUCCCGCAGGCAGGGCGUGCUGGCCUGGCUCAGGGUGCCCCUGCUCCUCCUGGCCUGCCUGGGGCUGCUGGCCCUGCAUGGCUCCGGGGAGGGGCUGGCGGGCCCCCGGCGCAUGUUCCUGGGCAGCACAGGGCUCAUGCUCGCCGCCCUGCUGGCCACGGCGGGUCUGUUCACGCUGGCGCGGCACGACCGGGAGCUGAGGCUGGAGACUGAGAGCGGGGCGGGGGGGCAGCAGGCAGGGGAUUGCUCAUGACGCGUACUGGUGAAGUUCAGAUUCUGCGUUCAGUGCUAAGAGGCUGCCUGUGGAGCCUGCUUAUCUCUAUCUGUAUAUAUUCUAUAAAUAUGUUCCAUUUCAUUGCAGUCUUACUGUCUCGUAUUGUGUGCAUCUUUUCAUAUGUAUUCCUCAGCCCCUGGUAACCUCUGAUUAAAACUUUCUAAAGAAA